CGGGGGGCCUGUCUGGAGUGAAAUGCGAGAACAACUCACCGCUCAUUUCUGCCGUGUUACUAUGUAACGUCGCUAACCAAAUCGACAUGAUACGAGACAAUCCUUCUUAAAAAGAGACAGGCCUCGGCACUUAUUUAUUCCCUAGUUUCAUUUUCUACUCCAAUUUCCAGAAAUUCAUCCAAAUACCCGUUCACAUCCCACUAGUGUCUUUCAAAUUCUUUUGACAACAGACAUCUUCAUUAUGGAAACGAUGGCACCUCUUCAUCACGCCCUUCCCCCUCUCGAGGUCUACUUCACUGCUGAGGAUUUUGAGAACCUUGGCAUGACGCCAUGGUUCAGCUACUCAGUCACACUGCCGGAGCGGCCCAUUCCCAGCGCUUCGAACAGGCCCCCACUGGAGACUGAGCGUCUGAUCAUCCGACCCUUCACAAUGAACGACCUGGAUGCAUUCCAUGAGCUUCGCAAACGUCCUGACAUUCAGAACCACUCAACAGCUCGCGGGCGCGCAACCAAAGACAAGGACGAGACAGAGAGACAACUCCAUUCUCUGGUUCAGGACGACCAAAGCCACUGGUGGUUUGGCGCCUUUCUUAAAUCGACCAAUGAGCUCAUAGGCGAGGGUGGCCUGCCAGACGUCCUGGCCAUGUCCUCCUCCAUCUCUGGUUGGCCAGAAGCCGAGUUCCUCAUCAAACCUGAAUUCUGCCGCCAGGGAUACGGCACUGAACUCUGGAAGGCAGUCAUGGACUCAUGGUGGGAUCUACCUCGUGAGCGACGACGACACCAAUUAGUUCCCGUCGUCGCGCCCGGAAAAGAACCCGGUGACAAGAUGGGCGAAUGUGUUGUCUUUCAAUGGGAAGCAGGCAAUGAAGCAGCCAAGAACUUCUUCGCAAAGGUCCUGUCACAAGCACCCGUUGCUGCACAGGGCGGCUGCGAGAGCAUCGAUACGCGAGAUGGAAAGGAGGGAACUCUCAUCACGUGGGCUGGCACAAUCAUCUGCAAUCCUAGGCCGAUGCCUGAGGACGAGGACUCUGAUUAAUGGCACAGAAGUAUUUUUUUUUAAUGGUCAAAAAACGAACAGUUUCGGGGUCAAUUUUUAGACGGGCCAAUCUGGACAGGAACAUACUGGGUUUAGGGCGCGUACAGCAAGCGAUAACUCGUUGAAUGAAGGCAUCUUUGCAUAUUAGACGGCAUUUGAUAGCAACUAGGUAAUCUGACCAUUUCAAGUUGUAUACAUAAUAACAAGACUGUUAUCAUCACUCUCGCA